AGCUGGGCUUCACCUCGUUUCGUUUUGGAUUUGGCGCAGAACAAUAAAAGACAGUAAAAGAGGAAGAUAAGAUAAUCUCUAAGGUGCCAGCCCUAAACGACUCGUGAUUGUUCCUUAUGAACCAUUUUCUGCGGGAAACAAUAUGAUGCGUGCCAUCCAGGUGCAUAAAGCCGGCGGACCCAACGUCCUGCAAUUGGCUUCAAAUGUAGCAGUUCCCAAAGCAACAGGUACAAAGGUACUGAUAAACGUCAAGGCAGCAGGAAUAAAUCCGGUGGACACUUACAUUCGUGAAGGUGCCUUUGGAUACACUCCUCCUUUGCCAUACACGCCCGGGAAAGAUGGUGCUGGUAUUGUGGAGGCAGUAGGUGAAGCCGUCCACAAUUUUAAGAAAGGGGACAGGGUCUUCUUCUCAAACAGGUGCAGAGAAAACACCCACGGCUCUUACGCACAGUACUGCCUGGUAGAUAUUGGUGACACCUGGCCUCUUCCUGAACGGCUGACAUUCCAGCAGGGCGCAGCCCUUGGUAUUCCCUACCUCACAGCUUAUAGAGCACUGGUUCUCAAGGCAGGUGCACAGGAGGGCGAAACAGUCCUCGUCCACGGAGCCAGUGGUUCCGUGGGGAUCGCAACACUCCAGAUUGCGAAGUCCCUCGUGCAUGCCAAAGUAAUCGGGACGGCUGGCACGCCGGAAGGCAUUGAGCUUGUCAAAAAGCUAGGGGCUGAUUGUGCCGUGUGCCACAAGGACAAGGACUACCUCAAAAAGAUUAUGGAAUGGACAGAGAACAAGGGUGUCAACGUGGUGGUCGAAAUGCUCGCCAAUGUCAACUUGGCCAAAGACUUGGGCCUUCUCUGCCGUGAGGGACGGGUUGUGGUGAUCGGAAGCAGAGGUACCAUCACUAUCAACCCCAGGGAUCUGAUGGGGCUGGAGACUAGCAUAACCGGCGUGUCCCUCUUUUCCUCAACUCCCAGACAGUGGGCGCAGAGUGCAGCAGCCAUUGUGGAUGGGGCCCGUGCAGGCUGGGUGGACCCGGUUGUGAACAAGGUGUAUCCGUUGGGGGAUGCAAAGCAGGCACACAAUGACAUCACCCAUUCUAAAGGUGCUCAUGGAAGACUUGUGCUUGACCCGGACGCUUGAGGACACAGAUUUAAUGAAUUUAAUCAAAUACAUGUUCGCUUACCAAUA